UUGAAAGGUUUCCUCUCCAGAAUGUUGUGGUGAAACCAGCCAGGUCAGUCUGAAACAAACAACUUAGCUAGUUCGACAGCUCCUAUCAUCACCAGCUAGGACGUACAUUUCUCUAAAGUGCGAUAUUUAGUACCUGUGAUGUCUGGUCACGGCCAUGGUGGGCACAGCCACGGCUGCUGUGAAGACGAGCAUGAGCCAGCGGAACGGGGCCUGGAGUAUGCACUGUAUCAGCGCAUUGACAUCGAGAAACUGCAGUGUCUCAACGAAACAAGAGAAGGCGAUGGGAAACUCGUGUUUAAACCAUGGGAUCAACGGACUGACAGGGAGAAGUUUGUUGAGAGUGAUGCUGAUGAAGAGCUCCUGUUCAACAUCCCGUUCACUGGAAGUGUCAAGCUGAAAGGGAUAAUCAUCGCCGGUGAAGACGAUGAAUCGCAUCCUGCUGAAAUGAGACUGUACAAGAACAUACCCCAAAUGUCCUUUGAUGACACAGGCAGAGAACCUGAACAAGCCUUCCGUCUCAAUAGAGAUCCACUGGCUCAGCUGGAAUACCCAACUAAGAUUGCCCGUUUCUCCAACGUUAAUCACUUGUCCAUUCACAUAUCACGGAACUUUGGGACAGAGUCCACACGGGUCUACUACAUUGGGCUGAGAGGGGAGUACUCCCAGGCUCACAGACAUGAAGUGACUAUCUGCAACUACGAGGCGUCCGCUAACCCUGCAGACCAUAAAGUCGACAGCAUCAUCCCACAAACAAAUUUCAUCUCCUGAGAGAAUGGAGGGGUGGGAAAGUUACAUUGACAGAUAUGGGUCAAAAGGAAGUGGUGAUGGAUACUUAGGCCUGGUGGGUGAACUUUCUUAUUGGAGUUCAGGUAUGACUAAUACUGAAUAUCAGUGUCUAAUCUGGAUUUGCUCAGUUGUUGCACUUAUUGUACCACAAACAGUGGAGGCUGAAAGGAGUGAGUCAGUUUUCAUUUGGGUAAUGACUACAUUUAACGCCACUCACUGGCAACCCUGUGAUAAAAGCACUGAAGCUUUUGAUGCUUUAUCUAAAAUAUAUCUGGAUACUGUGCCACCUAGUGGUUUGUUGUAAUAUGACAACUUGUCUCAGCAAAACUGGAACGACUCCAAUGUCACCUGCAGUGGGAGAUUCUUUAUAUUCAUACACUCAUAUUCUUUCUCAUCCAAGCUCUGAAUGGUUUAGCAAUAAUGUGAACAUUUUGACACAACCAAAGUAGAUCAGCAUAAGGUUUUCAUUUGAAUAGAUUAGAUUUGACCCAUAUACCCAAGUGACUUGCUCACUAUACCACACAGCUUCCUUUGACACUCACCAAACACAAAAGCUGUUUAACUCUGAUUUCAUUGCAUUAUUAAUGAGCUGUCACAUUGCUGCCAGUGGCUGAAUGUGAUUGCUUUGUGCGACAUGUUGGAGUUGGGAAUUUGAGGAAAAUGCUGUAUGCCUAGUCUAAGGAAUAGAAAAUGCCCUCUGCUGUUGUGUGUGUGAUGUAAUUAUUUGAAGAAUAAAGAUGUUAUACAUAAGAGAAUAA